AUGUCUCCAUUUCCUUUUCAGAGUAUAGUAAACAUGGUGGAUAUUAGACCAGCUGUACCUACCCAACCCCGUUAUCUUGCCCAAGUAGUCUCGAAUGUGCUUAAUCGGGUUAAUAUCAGGAAAUUGAAAAGAUCAGGCAGACAGAAACUACACCUUGUAGUCUUUCUCGUUUUUAAUCGCCAUACUUGUAUGGCAUCUGGAGUAGUAUUCCGGAUGUUUAAAAGGCAUUUGGUUGACUUUUUAAGUUGGCUUAUAUCAAAGCCUAUGUGUACUCUUUUUCAUAUUUCCAGCCUUAUUUCUAUGGCCUUGGCACCCCUACCAGAACAUUUCAAACUUUCAUUGUCUGAGACAAAAGUAGAGCAUAUCCAGUGUUCUGACUACAACGAAUAUUUUGGAUUGAGUUGCUCAGCAAUGAGGCAUUGGUCAAUACAAUGUACAAAUUUCUCAUAUAUGUUGAAUGCGCGAGUUACAUUUUACAAUUUUGCAUUUUCGUUGGAUAUGCUGGAUAUAUAUACAAUAUAUACUUUUCUAAGAGCCCUAGGCUUGACUUAUAGCCUUCUCAAACCCAAUGAUCGUCCCAUAAAACCUAAUGUGCAUCAAAAUUCUCUCUCGAGAAAGGUGUUUUUGGUAGUACAGUAUCUUCGGUUGAGUUUGGGACAAUAA